CAGACCAGCACCGACCAGCACCGUCCAGCACCGACCAGCACCGUCCAGCACCGGCCAGUCCUCCCGCCGCUGCAGCCAUGGGGAACCGCGGCAUGGAGGACCUGAUCCCGCUGGUCAACCGCAUGCAGGACGCGUUCUCCGCCAUCGGCCAGAACUCCAGCCUGGACCUGCCGCAGAUCGCCGUGGUGGGCGGGCAGAGCGCCGGCAAGAGCUCGGUGCUGGAGAACUUCGUGGGGAAGGAUUUUCUUCCCCGCGGUUCCGGCAUCGUGACCCGUCGUCCGUUGGUUCUGCAGCUGAUGAACAGCCCGACGGAGUAUGCAGAGUUCCUGCACUGCAAGGGCAGGAAGUUCACGGACUUCGACGAGGUUCGGCAGGAGAUCGAGGCGGAGACGGACCGGGUGACGGGAGCCAACAAGGGAAUCUCUCCGGUCCCCAUCAACCUGCGCGUCUACUCGCCGCACGUCCUGAACCUGACCCUGGUGGACCUGCCCGGGAUCACCAAGGUCCCGGUGGGGGACCAGCCUGCAGACAUCGAGUCCCAGAUCAAGGACAUGCUGCUGCAGUUCGUCACCAAGGACAACUGCCUGAUGCUGGCCGUCUCCCCCGGCAACGCCGACCUGGCCAACAGUGACGCGCUGAAGAUCGCCAAGGAGGUGGACCCACAAGGUCUCAGGACCAUCGGUGUCGUGACCAAACUGGACCUGAUGGAUGAAGGAACCGACGCCAAGGAGAUCCUGGAGAACAAGCUCCUCCCCCUCCGGAGAGGUUACAUCGGCGUGGUGAACCGGAGCCAGAAAGACAUCGAUGGGAAGAAGGACAUUAACGCAGCGAUGGCAGCGGAGAGGAAGUUCUUCCUGUCGCACCCAGGGUACCGACACCUGGCGGAGCGGAUGGGAACGCCGUACCUGCAGAAAACCCUCAACCAGCAACUGACCAACCACAUCCGGGACACGCUGCCGGGCCUGCGGGCCAAACUGCAGAGUCAGCUGCUCUCCAUCGAGAAGGAGGUGGAGGAGUACAAGAACUUCAGGCCCGACGACCCAUCACGCAAAACCAAGGCCCUGCUGCAGAUGGUGCAGCAGUUCUCCGUGGACUUUGACAAGUGCAUCGAGGGAUCCGGGGACCAGAUCGACACGGCCGAGCUGUCGGGUGGAGCCCGGAUCAACCGCAUCUUCCACGAACGCUUCCCCUUCGAGCUGGUCAAGAUGGAGUUUGAUGAGAAAGAACUCCGGAAGGAAAUCAGCUACGCCAUCAAGAACAUCCACGGAAUCAGGACCGGGCUCUUCACGCCGGACAUGGCCUUCGAGACGAUCGUGAAGCGUCAGAUCGGGAAGAUUAAGGAGCCGUGCACCAAGUGUGUGGACAUGGUGAUCUCUGAGCUGGUGAACACGGUCAGGCAGUGCACCAAGAAGCUGGCUCAGUACCCGUCACUGAGAGAGGAGAUGGAGAGAAUCGUCACUCAGCACAUCAGAGACAGAGAAAGCCGCACCAAGAACCAGGUGCUGCUGCUGAUAGAGAUCGAGUUAUCCUACAUGAACACCAACCACGAGGACUUCAUCGGAUUCGCCAACGCGCAGCAGAGGAUCAACCAGAUGGCCAAGAAGAAGACGCCUGGAAAUCAGGAGGAGAGUAUGCCUGAGAGGGGAGUUAGUGACCGGUACAAGGUGAUCAGGAAGGGCUGGCUGACCAUUAACAACAUCAGCAUCAUGAAGGGAGGAGCCAAGGAAUACUGGUUCGUCCUGACGGCUGAGUCUCUGUCCUGGUUCAAGGACGACGAGGAGAAGGAGAAGAAGUACAUGCUGCAGGUGGACAACCUGAAGCUGAGAGACGUGGAGAAAGGAUUCAUGUCCAGCAAGAGCAUCUUCGCCCUGUUCAACACCGAGCAGAGAAACGUGUACAAGGAUUACCGUCAGCUGGAACUGGCCUGCGAGAGCCAGGAAGACAUCGACGCCUGGAAGGCUUCGUUCCUCCGAGCUGGAGUUUAUCCUGAACGAGUCGCGGAGAAGGAAGGAAAGAGCGACGGGGGGGACGACGGCGGCUCCGACGGCUUCAUGAACAGCAUGGAUCCUCAGCUGGAGCGGCAGGUGGAGACGAUCCGGAACCUGGUGGACUCGUACAUGGCCAUCGUCAACAAGACGGUGCGGGACCUGAUGCCCAAGACCAUCAUGCACCUGAUGAUCGUCAACACGAAGGAGUUCAUCAACGCGGAGCUGCUGGCCCAGCUUUACUCGUGCGGGGACCAGAACAGCCUGAUGGAGGAGAGCCAGGAGCAGGCGCAGCGCCGCGACGAGAUGCUGCGCAUGUACCACGCGCUGCGGGAGGCGCUGCGCAUCAUCGGAGACAUAAGCACCACCACCAUCAGCACCUCCAUGCCCCCCCCGGUGGACGACUCCUGGCUGCAGGUGCAGCGGGCCGGGGCCGCGGCCGGGGGAGGAAGGUCUCCGGCCACCAGCCCGACCCCGGGCCGCCGGGCCCCCCCGGGGCCUCCGGGGCCCCCGGGCCGCCCGAGUUCCCGGGGCCCCCCACCCGGGCCCCCCCCAGCCGGGCCCCCGGUCCCGUCCCGGCCCGGAGCCUCCCCCGACCCCCACGGCGGGCCCUCGGUGCCGUCCCGGCCCAACCGCAACCCCCCCGGCCCGCCCAGCGGCCACGGGGGUGAGUGACACCUGAAACCACACCUGAAAACACACCUGAAAACACACCUGAAAACACACCUGAAAACACACCAGGAAACACACCUGACACCAGCUCCCUGUAGUCGGGGGUCUAAACCCGCAGCUCUUUAGCGCCGCCCUAGUGGCUCCUGGAGCUUUUUCAGAAAUGUUUGAAAAUGGUAAUAGAUGGAAAUAUAUUUUUGUUUUAAUGUGGUUUCUGUAGGACAAACAUGACACAAACAUUCUGAACGUUUUCCAAUGCUGUAAAAAUGUGUAGAAUAAAUAUUACAUUUCAA